AUGCUCGAUCAUGCAGUGACUGGUGUUCACUACGCAUGUUCGCAGAGUAAUCUAGCGAACGGUGAAUGUCAAAAACGAACCACAAAAUCUGGUGUUGAGGUGAACGUGUGUUCGUGUAACGACGAAGAUUUCUGUAACAGCAAUAGAUGGUCUUCAUCAUUAUCAUCGAACUCCGAACAACAAUUACAAAGCGAUGAACCAGUCAAAGAUGCUUCCGGCACCUAUCAAAAGACUGGCAUCAAGUCAGCACCUGUGAUGCAAACUGCAAAUAUGGCAUCGACCCUUACUCACAAUCGUAUUUCGACGAUUUUUUCGUUUUUCAUUCCUUACAGCAAGUACUACAACGUAUAA